UGUGCAGGUAGUACGACGUCGUAGCAUCGGAGCUUGUGAAACAGUUGAGAAAGUGAGAGGGAAAAGUGGAGAAGGGGUUUCUAUUCAAUCAAAUGCAAGUUUUUUUCUUUCAGUAAUGAAGUUUCUGAUUCCGAAACCCUAAAUGGAUGCGAAAGAUAUCCUUGGUUUACCCAAAAACUCAUUCCCAUCUUCAAUUGAGAAAAAAUCUCGACCUCCCAAAGAAUCUCAGAGAAAACCUGAUGGCAUUUCUCGCGAGGUUUAUGCACUUACCGGUGGCGUGCCACCUCUUAUGCCCGCUGUUGAUGCUUCACAAUUGAAGAAAAAGCCUCCUCCUCAUGAAAAGGUUACUUGGCAGUGGCUUCCUUUCACCAAUUCUGCUCGUAAAGAUGAUCUUAAUCUUUACCAUUGGGUUCGAAUAGUCAACGGUGUUCUACCUACGGGAGACUAUUCCUUUGCCAAGUAUAACAAGUCUGUUGAUAUUAUCAAGUACACAGACGAGGAGUAUGAAAAGUAUUUGACAGAUCCUACGUGGACCAAGGAAGAGACAAAUGAACUAUUCGACUUGUGUGAGAGGUUCGAUCUUCGUUUUGUUGUGAUAGCUGACAGGUUCCCAUCAUCUCGGACUGUUGAGGAGUUAAAGAGUCGAUAUCAUAGUGUGUCGCGGGCUAUAUUACUUGCUAGGGCUACAUCUUCAGGGGAUGUCGCAACACAUCCUCUCAUAAAGGAACCUUAUAAUGUUUCACAAGAAAUGGAACGUAAACGGGCACUGUCCAUGGUCCUCUCCCAAACAAGACAACAAGAGAAAAGAGAUGAAGAGGUUCUUAUUGAAGCAAAAAGAAUAGCCGAGUUACGGAUGGCUUCAAAGGUUACUGAACAGUCUCAAACGGCUGUUGCUACAAAUGCUGAUGCAGGAGUUACAGAGAGGGCUGUCCCUGGUGAGACUAUAUCUCCAUCAAAUGUGCAACUUCCACCAAUGGUUGUUCCUCCAUUGGCAGACAAUGCUUCUACUCUAGCUUCUCUUCGUAUGCUUCGAGUAUAUUUGAGGACAUAUGCACUUGAUCAAAUGGUGCAAGCUUCAAACUCAUCUGCUGGACUUCGGACUAUCAAACGGGUUGAGCAAACAUUGCAAGAUCUUGGGGUCAAUUUGAAACCAAGGGUUCCAACAAAAGCUGUUUGUGCAGAGCAUCUUGAACUAAGAAGAGAAAUACUAACUUGGCUGAAUCUCCAGAAACAGGUGCAAUAUAAAGAGGCUGAAGGUUCAUCUUUCCGUGACGGGUCCUACGGUGAAACACCAGGCACACCAAAGGAUCGCACAUUUAUUCCCGACUCUUUGAAUUUUGGAGUUUCAGGCGAAAGGGUUAGCAAAAAGGACCAAAAACGCAAGGCGCAUGGAGCUCCACCUACAGCGGCCCAUAAAAGACCUAGAAAACAAAAGGCUUCGGAUCUUUAACUCCUCCAGUGCAAUGUGGGAAGGUGUUUCAGUCUGUAUAAUUCCUUUUUAGGGUUGCAUUGAUAUCAAUCUUAUGAAUAUUUAGGUGUAGGUUUUUAUCAUCAGGAAACUAUAUUUAUUGUAUCAGAAAUGCAGUAGUGCAAUUCAUGUUUACUUUCCUAGCGAAAGCUUUUCACUUUCUGUAGCAAUUAUUUAAAGCAUAAUGAGAAUUAUGAAUAUGUUGUGGAAAGCAGCACUCAAGCA